CCUCGCUCUGUAAUACUUUGACGGAGCCCAUAUAGACGUUCAAAUUCUCCACACAAAUACGAAAAAUAAAAAAUACGUAUAUAUUACCAAAACACCACACAAAUCCUUCAACAAUUCAUCUGAAGGAAAAAGAAUAAAAAAAUUCCUUCACAUUUUUCUCUGUAUAAUACAUACAUAUAAUUGUAUGUAUCGGUCACCUUCCCCGCAUACACAGUCUCUCUCUAUAUGAUUUGGAUUCAAUCAUUCAGCGUGCACCAGAUCUCAACACACAUGUAGUGUAGCUGUAUUUGCAGGCGUGGGUACACACACAUACGCGACCGAUCUCAUUGUCGGAUUUAUCAGGCUCAGAUUCUUAUAGGUAACAGAGUGCCGUCGUCUGCUCUGACAUAGGCUAGGUUAUUGCUUUUGACUUUGAGCUUUGGGGCAAACUGUGGUAGAAGAUACAAACAAUUUGUGGGAGUUAAAAUUGUGAUGCAUCAUUUCUAAAUGAAGUCAGCUCAGGCAUGGCGUCUUGGCAUGAAAAACAUGCAAAUGCUGCCAGGGCCUCGCCAGCGUGGUCAAUUGAAGAAGCCAACGUGGAUUAUUGUGUUGGUUUCUUUAGUUAGCUUGUUCCUUGUUUGUGCUUAUGUCUAUCCUCCUCAGAAUUCUGCAGCGUGUUACUUGUUGUCGUCUCAUGGCUGUAAAGCAUUACAAAAUUGGCUUCCGCCCGUGCCUGCUAGGGAGCUUAGUGAUGAUGAAUUUGCUUCUCGUGUUGUGAUUAGAGAUAUUCUGGCUAUGCAUCCUAAUAUUUCUGCAAACCCCAAAAUUGCAUUCCUGUUCCUGACACCAGGUGCACUACCAUUUGAGAGGCUGUGGGAUAAAUUUUUCCAGGGCCAUGAAGGUAGGUUCUCUGUCUACGUGCAUGCUUCAAAGGACAAACCUGUACAUUUUAGCCGCUAUUUCAUCAAUCGGGAGAUUCGUAGCAGCAAGGUCGCGUGGGGAAAAAUUUCAAUGGUUGAUGCUGAAAGGCGGCUUUUAGCAAAUGCACUUAAAGAUCCAGACAACCAGCAUUUUGUACUACUUUCAGACAGCUGCAUACCGCUUCGAAAUUUUGAUUAUGUUUACAACUAUCUCAUGUACACAAAUGUUAGCUUUGUAGAUUGGUGGCUAGAAAUGUUAACUGUGCUGGAUGUAAUUAACAAAUGCUACGGCAAUGUGCCUAUCAACAUCGAAGUUUCAGGCCUACCUUAUUCAAACGUGUAUAGUGUUAUACUAGAAAUAAACACCGAACCUAAUUUCUGCAGCUUUGACGAUCCUGGUCCACAUGGAACUGGCAGAUACAGUGAAAAUAUGUUGCCUGAAGUAGAGAAGAAAGACUUUCGGAAGGGUGCUCAGGUGAUCCUUGGGAAGAUGGAUGUUCUUUUGGAAAUGAAAGCUAAAAAAUUCUAUACACAGCACUUCUCAGAUUUGAAAAAACAUAGUUGGUUCACUAUGAAGCGACAACAUGCUCUUAUAAUCAUGGCUGACAGCCUCUACUACAGUAAAUUCAGAGAUUAUUGCAGGCCAGGCAUGGAAAAGGGACGCAACUGUUACUCUGAUGAACAUUAUCUACCUACUUUUUUCCAUAUGCUUGAUCCGGGUGGAAUAGCCAAUUGGUCAGUAACCCAUGUUGAUUGGUCUGAGGGCAAGUGGCAUCCAAAGUCGUAUAGUGCACAAGAUGUAACAUUUGAGCUGAUGAGAAAUAUUACAUCCAUCGUAGAGAGUGUGCACGUGACCAGUGAGGAGAAGAAAGAAAUUCAGAUCAGACCAUGCUUGUGGAAUGGAAACCCACGACCCUGUUAUUUGUUUGGGAGGAAAUUUAUGCCUGAAACCAUCGAGAAGCUAAUACGGCUCUUCCCCAAUUAUACAUCUAUUUGAUUCGGGGCCAUUGACUUUCAGUACUGAUGUUUUUUGUCAAAUUCAAAUGGCAGUAUAGAUUUGUCUCCAUUUCUCGUGUAGCAUUCUGCUUUUUGUAAGUAAAGCACCUACAGGAUCAGCUUUUAUUUCUUUCCAGUGCAAAAGGGUAAUUUGGCGUGUCAUGAAAAGGCAAUUUCGAAAGAAGCUGAAGAUAAAGAAAUCGCGAUUGUUGAUUGAUGUGGGAACAAGAAUUUGAUGUUUCAUUUUUUCCCUCUUUUGUCGGGCAAUUUAUGUUACAUUCUGAUGUUGGAACAGAAAAUCUGGGGAACACUAAGGACAAUAUUUCUAUUAGCUGACCUAGAAGUUGGAUUCUGAAGUUGCAAAUAUCACUUUUGCAGGCAGAUUUUUCAUUACUUUCUUUUUCUCUUUUUUUUCUUGGUUUUAUUUUUGUUUAGUAAAUUUUUGGUCUUUUUUUCAUUUUUUAUGAUUUUAGACAUUUAGUACUGUUCCCAGGCUGUAAUGAAGAGACUAAGAUAUAUCUGAAGAUAACUACUUGUUACACAUUUUUGGCAACUUCAACAUGAAUAUUUGAUGAAAUAUUGCUACUUCUGUUUUGGCAUUUACUCAAUCUACUUGUUGAGUAUGUAGUUGAAAAUUAAAAUAUCAUGAGAUCUUGACAAGUGAC